AUGUAUGGCUCAAAUUCAACUACCCAAUUUCUACAUUUCCCCUGCAGUCCUUUCGAUAGCCGGUGUGUUUGGAGACUUAGGUGAGUAUUUUUGCUUCAGAGGGUCGAUUUACAGCAUACUAGGACACGUAUUUAUUAUAUUAUAGUUCUUAAGACAUCUUCUUAAACUCAUAUCAGUUUGUCGGGAAAAUAACGUGGAUUUGUCGCAGCAAGAUGCCCUGCCUUGUCGCUGUUGCGCACCAAAUCUCCAGCUCUGGCAAAGACUUUGCAAAGUGAUAAUGGGCGACAAAUCCACAUUAUUUGCCCGACAGCUCAUAGCUCAAGAUGCGUACCUAGGGCACCUAAAUUUACUUUUUCCUCUGGUGUAACUUGACUUCUGGUUCUCCUACUUGUUUACCUUUACUUCUCAGCACAAACCAAGACGUCUUGGACUACUACUACGCAUGGGCCACCUACGCCGAAUUUUGUAUGUUCCUUCUAAAUGUCACGGCUCUGGUCUUGCUGUCUGCACUAUAUAUUCGAGAGCGGCGACGGCGAAAAGAACUGGCGGAGGCUCAGGUCCUGGAAACGCCCUUCCACAACAGCUUUCAACGACUAAAAGUUCACACUCCGAGCAUAUCGCACUCUUGGGACAACGAGUAAGUUUGCAGCCGAAAAUAUUUUUUACUAUUACUAAAUAUUGUAGAAUAAUAGACGGUUGAAAUUGCUGUGCGGAAGGUUAAUUUAAUAUGCAUAUUUUCAGCGAGGUCGUCAAUUCGAUAAGACAAAAAUGCGUUAAAGGUCAUAAGACCAGCCCUUCUCCAUUGCUGAGCCCGAAAAUCGAGUCUGCAACGAAUACUCUGUAA